AUGCUUUAUAAUGUUGAUGAUGGUCAUCGAGAUGUUAUUUUUGAUCAUUUUCAAAGUGUUAAACUAGAUGUUAUUGAAGAAGGAACUCAUUUUAUGAUUUCAUGGCUUCAUAGACCAAUUAUAUUUGAUAUUCGUACACGACCACGAUCUGUUCCAUCAAUAACAGAAUUAAAAGAUAUAAAAGCUAGAAGAGAACAGUCAACUUCAGGAGAGAGGUGA